GGGCGGGGCGGGCCAGGCGGCGGCAGAGGCUGAGGCGGCGGAGGCGGCGGCGGUGACGAUCGAGGCAGCUGCAGAGGCCACUGAGGCGCUGUGUGGGUGGCGUGCGGGCCGCAGUAGCCUUGAGCAGCCUCUUCGCGUGGCCCCGCACUCCCCGUGCAGCGGCGGGUCGCCGCGCUCAGCCGGCCAGUGAGCUGCAGCGAGCCCACCCCGGUGCGGCGGCAGCGACUGCGGACAGGUUAGAUUGGGGGCAGGGACGAGCGCGGUAGCAGCCCGGGGCCAAAGAGAGAGCCUGAGCUAGGCCAUCUCCAACCAUGUCCGACGAGGCGUCGGCCACCACUUCGUACGAGAAGUUUCUAACCCCCGAGGAACCCUUCCCGCUUCUGGGACCUCCUCGCGGGGUGGGCACCUGCCUGAGCGAGGAGCCGGGCUGCCUGGACAUCAGCGACUUCGGUUGCCAGCUGUCCUCCUGCCAUCGCACCGACCCACUGCACCGUUUCCACACCAACAGGUGGAACUUGACUUCUUGUGGAACAAGUGUUGCCAGCUCAGAAUGCAGUGAGGAGCUGUUUUCAUCAGUUUCUGUUGGAGAUCAAGAUGAUUGCUAUUCCCUGUUAGAUGAUCAAGACUUCACUUCUUUUGAUUUAUUCCCCGAGGGGAGUGUCUGCAGUGAUGUCUCCUCUUCUAUUAGCACUUACUGGGACUGGUCAGAUAGUGAGUUUGAAUGGCAGUUACCAGGCAGUGACAUUGCCAGUGGGAGUGAUGUGCUUUCUGAUGUCAUACCCAGUAUUCCAAGUUCACCUUGCCUGCUUCCAAAAAAGAAAAACAAACACCGGAAUUUAGAUGAACUUCCUUGGAGUGCAAUGACAAAUGAUGAGCAGGUGGAAUAUAUUGAGUAUCUGAGUCGUAAAGUCAGUACUGAGAUGGGUCUUCGGGAGCAACUUGAUAUUAUUAAAAUCAUUGAUCCUUCUGCUCAAAUCUCCCCUACAGACAGUGAGUUUAUUAUUGAACUUAACUGUCUCACAGAUGAAAAACUGAAGCAGGUCAGAAACUAUAUCAAGGAGCAUAGCCCUCGCCAACGGCCUGCAAGAGAGGCCUGGAAGAGAAGCAACUUUAGUUGUGCAAGCACCAGUGGAGUGAGCGGUGCCAGUGCCAGUGCCAGCAGCAGCAGUGCCAGCAUGGUCAGUUCUGCAAGCAGCAGUGGGUCCAGUGUUGGAAACUCUGCUUCAAACUCCAGUGCCAACAUGAGUCGAGCACACAGUGACAGCAACCUGUCUGCAAGUGCAGCAGAGCGGAUUCGGGAUUCAAAAAAGCGUUCCAAGCAGCGGAAGUUACAGCAGAAGGCCUUACGCAAGAGGCAGCUGAAAGAGCAGAGGCAGGCUCGGAAGGAGAGGCUCAGUGGGCUCUUCCUUAAUGAAGAAGUGCUGUCCUUGAAAGUGACUGAGGAAGACCACGAAGCAGAUGUAGAUGUUUUGAUGUAAUUAAGGGUGAAUUUAUCAGUGUUCUUAGGCAAGCAUUGAAGUAUUCUAUCCUUAUUUGUUUACAUGCAUCUUGACCAAAAUUUUGAUUAGGGCUGUGCUUGAUGUACCAUUAAUAAUUUAGGUCAGUGGUUCUCACCGUGUGGUCUCCAGGUCAGCAGCACCAGGAUCACCUGGGCACUGGUAAGAAAUGCAGAUUAUCAGCUCAACCCCAAACCUUGUGGGGGAUGGGCCCAGCAUGGUGUUUUAACAAGUUUUCCAGGUGAUUCUGAUACACAUUCUAGUUUAAGAACCACUAACUUAGGUAAAUGUUUUGGCUGUUUAAACUGUGUAGUAGUUGAGUGGACUUUUUCAAAGACUAGUACUGUUACACUUCAAGGUACUGCUGACAACUAAUUUAUGUCAGUAUACAUACAUGUGUAGAGAUCAUAAUUCAGUUCCCUUCUUAAUGUCACAAUUUCCUUUUGGUAGUAUUAGUUUAUUUUUUCCAAAGGGCCACAGCAUGAUUCUCAGUUCCUAGCAGAAACCUUUUUUUUUGAAGUGGGCAGUAUGGCUUGCUGUUUACAAUAGUGCCUUCGUUGGUUUAGUUCUAUCUAUUUUCAUUCAUUAUUCACUCAAAGGUAGAAGAACAGGCCCUGAUGUUUUUCCUGUUAGAUUUGUUUUUCAUUUUAUGUAAAUUCAGAAUUCUUUCUGUAGGUGAUGACUACUGAGGCAAUAAUGUUAUUAGUAGCUGAAUUUUAGAUUUGAUGCCAUGUGAUUAAUAUUCAGUAGAGAAAGCAAUCAGGCAAAACAACCGAUUCUGCUUUUCCACGGUCUUCUGAAAUUUUAGGCUGUAAAACUGUCUCAGACAGAUUUUCUCUUAAGUUCUUUUUGUUGGCCAUUUGUUUGUUUCCGCACAGCUCUAAUUUUAAAAUAUUUGGUAUGACAGCUUCUGGCAUGUGAACAAGUUCAUAUUCAAAAUUAACUGAUGAAAACCCUUAAAAUUCUGUUAAACUUCUCUAUAAAUUGCUAGAAAUAGACCAAGCAGUGAAAUAUAGAAGACACUUUAACUUGUUGGUAAUUAAUAGAACUCUAAUUUUAAAUGUAAAAAUUAUGGCAUUACUUUAAAUGUUUUCCUAGAGAGUUUGUUAUAAUGAAUAUUAGAAAUAGUGUGUAUCGUUUUCUUCUACUGACGUCUUUGAACGUUCACAUGGGUUAAAGAUGGAAACUGAUACUACUGACAAUCAAGCUGCUUUCUGAUUUUCCUAAUGUUUUGUUUUUAUUGUGGAUAAUGUUUUGGGGGUGAUAAUGAUUCUGUAGGAGGAGGAGUUGUAAUCAGUGUUUGUUUAAACUCUAGAGCACAGAGGUUAAUGGAUUUCUACGUUUUCUUUUGUUUUAACUUUUUGUUCUGUCAAGUGGCUCAUUAAGAAAAAGAUUAAAAGCUAAAUUCUCAAUUCUCAGUUGACAAAAGACUUCACUUACAAUCAUGUUUUUGAAAUUUUGAUUUCAUCUUGGUUCCUUGAAGGCCAAAUAAUGGAAACUGAGGAUAAAAAUUAAUAUAUUGCAGCUUUGCUGAGGUCUGUGGUAUGGUGGUAACAUUCUGAAGACUACUAAAUUCAUAUUUUAAAGUUUUACUAAGAUAAAAGCAUAUGUGUGUGUAUAGUUUUCA